AUGGCGUCUUGGGAUGUGUCAGCCGUGGGGCGCUGGCUUGAGACUGCAGGCUUUGAGGACCUGGUCUCUCGGUUUGAAAACGAACAGAUUGACGGCGAAGUGCUCCACCGUUUGACUCUCGAAGAGUUGCAGCUGUUGAAGAUACCUCUCGGCCGGGGCAAGAAGCUCCUCGAUGCCGUCACCGAAUUGAAGGCUCAUCAGAGAAUGUCUCAACCUCGAUCGACAUGGUCAGCUGGAGAUGCCAAGCGCCUGCCUCCUUUGAUUUCUCCGUCCUCAGACAUGGCCAGUGCGUGUCUGUGUCAGGUGAUUUUGCUGAUGGGACCGCCGGGGACCGGAAAGUCGACACUUGGAAACAGACUGGCAGAGAAGAUGGGGGGUGAGCAUUUUGACCUUGGUGAGCACCUGCGGAGUGAAGGAAAGUCAGGACAGCCACAGACUAUGCUUUUGAACUUCUUGGGGGCUGCAGUGGAGAAGGGAAAGAAGAGGGCUGCACUGGGUUUGGGUCCACAUAUGGCAUUCAUCAAUGGUUUUCCAAGAAUGAUGGAUGGCUUUGAAUUUUGGGAAGAAUUGGAAAAGGUGGUCAAGCCAAGCCUCGUCCUUGUUCUUGAAGCACCCGAUGAUGUGCUGAAAGCGCGAGUGAUUGACAGAGCUCGGCCUGAUGAUCAGAAGAGUUUCGAGGAGAGGUUGACCUUUUACCGACGCCAAACUGAUCCAGUCAUAACUGCAUUCCAUGAUACGGGGCGAACGCGGUUCAUUGACGCGACAGGAAGCAUCGAGUUUGUUGAGGCUUCUGCCAUCUUCCAUUUGCAAACAGCGGUCUUGUUUGCGUGCGGCCAGCCGGAGAUCUAUGGUAAAGUAUGUGAUGAAGUGGUGGACCUUGGUUUGCCCUACCAAGUCACCUGCCUUGAUGUUGCAGAAGUGCUUGGAGAUUCUCAGGUGGUGGUGGACAAGAUUUUGAGUGUGGUCCGCGAAAGGCCCGGUUCAGUCAUCCUUCUGAAAGGAUUUCCAAGAACUCAGGAGGAUUUGAAAGCAUGGCGACUUGUGGAAGUGCUAAUGGUACUUGACUUUGACUCUAAGAUGGACUUCUCCGGCUACUUUACACGUGGGUUCAAAGAUGCAGGACCUGCUACAAGAAACACUGUCAGCCAAUUGAUUCGGAGCUGCCAGCCUUUGCAUGUAGCUGUGCCAUUUGCUGCCACAGGGCUGCUGAGGAAUUGGAUGGAUGCAGCAAGAUAUAUUCAAUGGUGGGACCCCAGCAAGUUUGAAAGCUUUCAACCUCAAUAUGCUGGGUAUCUCAAGGACCAAGUGGCCAAGCACAAAGGCAUGCCAUCAUUAUAUGUAAGGCCAUCUGACAGCCCACCACUUGACGCAUGGUUGUUUUGGCUGACACAUCUUCUGCAUGCAGGCUCAUAUGAAACGUAUUGCGAUAAAGUUUUGCACCGCAUGGUUGGCCCCCUGCCUCCACCGGUGUCUUCCGGUCUGACAAAGACCCUGGAGCGCAAGAAGUUUGCAGCCGUCACAGGCAAAAUGCUCUUGGAUUCUGAUGCCUUGGCAAGUGCUCCUUUGGCCUUUGUCGAUGGCUUGGCCUCCUUGCACAAUGCUGGCUUAUUUCCCAUGAGUGACCCGCGAGCUCUUUGCUUUGGUUCCUCCGAACCCGGCAGCAUUGCCAAUGAACUUAUGCUUCUUUUGGCUCUAUAUUACCGGCGCUUUUUGAUUGUCAUGGGUGAGGCUGGCGAACACAGCAAGGCUGGGCCUUCUGCCGAGAUGGAUUGGAUUUGGCAUGCUCACACUACCCACCCCGCUGUGUAUGCUGAUGAUUGCCGACGUCUUUUUGGCCACGUGAUUCCGCACAUCCCGUGCAAACGCUCGGAUGCUCCAGUUGGAGAAGAGAAAGACGAGGGACAGGUUGCGAUGGGGCAGCUCAACAAACUAAUGCGCAGCAAGCUUCAGGCACUCGCCACGAAAGAGAAGGCCAAAUUAGAGAAGGCUACACUUUGGCCGUUUCGGGAUAGCAAGCUUGGCGCAGAGGAUGAUAUCAUCACUUUGGGAUGCUUUAUUCCAGGUGGUGAUCGCGAGUGGUUGUCAGGCAAGAUCCGCUCCGUUGAUGCAAGCAUCGGAGAAGCUUUGUCUCGCAGCCUCAAGGAGCCCUUGGCUUGGGAGUGCCCACUUUCCACUGCAGCGCUUCAAAGAGAUCCCGACUUGGUGGAAGUGAUUGUUCGCUUGCUCUCAGGUGAAACUUUGCUGGAGAAAGUCAUGACAAGGGAUACCAAGAUUGCUGAGAUUGAGCGCUUGCUGAGAUCUACAGGCGGCGAGCGUGAGGAUCUCAAAUUCUUUGUUGAUGGCGCUCAGCUUGCAUCAACAGAUACCAUUGGAGAGACGGAUGUGGUCAACGGUGCUGUCAUCAACAUGGUUCGAGUCAAGAAGCCCAAGCCGAAGCCAAAGCCAGUGGCGGUUGUGCGUGCCGUCAGUUCUGACUCAGAUGAUUGGAGAUGCACGUGCUUCACAAACGCGUGCAUAUUCCACGUCCUGAAGUCUGGCCGUCAGGUAAGCACAAAGAUGCAAGAUUUGCAGGAGGGAGAUCUAGUACACACAGGUUCGACCGAGCUGGAAAAUCGCUUCCGAAGGGUGACACGCAUUUGGCGCUGCCCAGUGCCAAAGCACAAAGCCUUCACAGUGGAGUUACGGCCUGGCUGCCGUUUGACUACGGGGCAUCCGGUGCAAGUGGCUGGACAUUGGCGCCGGCCGGAGUCGUGUGGAAAGGUCGAGGAGACACAGGAGCCGUUUGUGUACACUCUUGAGCUAGAAGGGCAUGUGGAUACUGUGCUCGUGGGCCGAGAUGAGAAGAAAGCAAUGAUGUGUGCAGCCUUGGGUGUGUAUUGUGGUGAGAGUUUUGGGUGGAACUUGUUCACUAGAAAAACCAGACCUUGUGACAGCUUAUCAUGCAAAAAGUGUGAAGUGGCUGUCGUGCCAAGCCUCAACUUUGCCACAGUGACACCGGACAUGCUCGAAGUCAAGUACGCGCCAUACUGA